UAUGUUGGACCGGAAAGCUCUGUAUUUAAUAUUAGUGUUUCUGUGUGGAACAGUUAAUGGUAAUACUCCAGUUUAUAAUCCGUGUAUACAAGAAAUCGAGUUAACAAAAGAUGAAGCACAUCAGGUAUUGGAGAACUGGCCAGACACCCCAAUUGAUCGCGGUUACAAGUGCUUUCUAACAUGUGUCCUUCUGGACUUGAAACUGAUAAGUAACUCAGGGGAGGUGCAGAUCGAUGAGUAUUUAAAAUCUGGUGUUGUGGACUGGAGAUGGGUGGCAAUGGAGUUGGUCUAUUGUCGCAUAGAAUUCUCAGAUGAAAAAGAUCUGUGUGAACUUUCAUUUGGACUUUUCAACUGUUUUAGAAAGGUAAAAAAAGAAGCUGAUGAAAAGCUGAAAAAUAAUUGA